GUGAUUUGAGGGCAGACCUGCCUUUUGCCUCCCGUGGUCGGUUGCCAUGCAAGGCAACAAUGCCAACAAUCCGCGCAUGGCUAUGGGUAACAUGUCUGGAAUGAUGCCCAUGGGCGUGGGCAUGCCCAUGAUGCCAAUGGGCAUGCCAAUGGGCAUGCCAAUGGGGAUGCCCAUGAUGAAUCCCAUGAUGGCAAUGCCUAUGAUGAACCCAAUGAUGGGCAUGGGCAUGAAUUCCAAUAUGGGGGCAAAUGCCAACAUGAGCGCAACCCCAACGACGGGCACGAGCCCGACUAUGGGUGGGUCUCAGCAGGUGCAAGGAAGCCCCAAGGUGCCCUCAUCCGCUGCUGGCGGGGUUUCUCCUGGUCCUAUCAAGCCCAUGGCGGAGGCUCAGCACAGUGCUGAGCCGAGCAAAGUGGGAUCAGGCAUGUCAGGCAUGUCAGGCAUGCUGCAGCGUGAGCGGAGCCGCAGUAGAGAUGUUGACCGGGAUGCAGGGGGAGGUCCUAGCCAACAGCCUGAGGAGGAGCAUAAAGAGCCACCAAAAGAGAAGUUAUGUCCUCCCUGCCAUUUGCACAAUGUAAAGAAGCCCAAUGCCAAGUGCAAGUUCUGCCAGAAGUGGCUAGCAAGUCAGAAGGCACAAGAGAAAGAGGAGAAAGAAGGAGAGCCAAAAGAUGAGAAGGCAAAAAUAAGUCAAGCACAGCAGGCACAGCUGGAUGAUGAAGAGGACUAUUCCCGUCGCACAUUCAAGUGCAGCACCUUGUUGAAGGAUCAGAUUUUCGGUUCCAGCUACUUCAAAAGCUUGUUAGAAGUUAGCGAUCUCGAACCUCUCGCGGAAGAGAUUGCCAAGUAUGCUGACACGCUUGAUGUUUACAAUUCCGGGAACAAUGUCCAUCCGUCCUGCUUCAUCUGCCAGGUGUACAGGCUCUUCACCUUGCCCCAAUCGGAGGACUUGGAUGGGCUUCUUGCAGUUCUUGAUGCUAACCCAUCUGCCAAAGUCCGUUGUGCAGGGGUUUUGUAUGUCCGCUUUGUGGUGCCCCCACACAAGCUCUUGGAGAGGCUUGAGGAGAUGCUUUUUGACGAGCAAGAGCUCAAGUAUCUUGAUGGUGACAAGCAGGUCACCACAACAAUCCAAGAAUAUGUUGAGAACCUUCUGAUCAGAGACAAGUACUACAAUACACCUUUGCCCAGAAUACCAGUGAAGGUUCGACAACAUCUUGAAAAAGAGUUGGCGCCACUAUCUCAAUUUCGCAAGCGGAUGGCUGCGAUGCAGAAAGCGCUACCCAAAAAGGUCGCUGGAAUGCCUGUUGAGGUGUAUAUCGAUGGGAGCUGGCACCCGGGCCACAUCAAGACUUUCAUAGGACACCGCAGAAGAAGGGUAGGUGUGCAUCUAGAGAAUGGUGCUUUGAUCAGUUCUCAUUUAGGGAAAGUUAUACUUCGAGAUGGAGGCGAGAACAAGACUGACGAGAGGGAUGAGAAGGAUGAAAAGGAGAAAGGUGACGAGAAGGAGGGAGAUGAGAAGAAAGAGAAGGAUGAUAGGAAGGAGAAAAGAGAUUCUGAUCACAGACCGAGCAAUAGCAGAAGUCGAAGCCGCCGAAGCAGCCGCAGCAGGCAUCGCAGCAGGAGUCGCAGGCAUCGCUCUCGCUCACCUGAUUGGACCCGAUAUAAGGGUUCGAUUGCAGACCAAAGUGAGAUUGAACGAUUGCGGGAAAAGGCCCGUGAAGAGGCAGUGGUUGGCGUGGGCAAGGUCUACUCCAAAAGACCCACCACAGUUGAGGGUGAGAUGUGGCGUGGAAGUGGAGGAGAUGUUCGCGUCUCUAUGCUUGGCCCCCAACAUAGUAGUAGUACAGGUUCCAGACCCUUGACAGCGCAAGGUCAUUCUGAUCCUGAAGUGCGGACCAGGAUUUCGCUGGAAGAAGAGGCGGAACACAAACGGCGAAUGCGGGAGAUCUAUGAGAAGUAUGGCUCUGUGUCGAAAGCUACUUCUGGAAGCAGCGGUCAACGCUCAGAGAUCGAGCAGCCAGAUGUACUUCGCUUGGGCUGAGAGGGCAUAGGGAGCAUCCAAAAACAUUUGGCCAGUGGAAAAGCACGGUCCAUGCAGUGGACAG